ACGGUUAAAAGGAAUUUUUAAUAUGUUUUUUUUUAUACUCAAGUUUCUAAGUUCUGACCCUGUUUCUCGAUUUGCUUUCCUUCUGGAAUCACUUUAUAUGUGUGUAUAUGUGUAUGUAUAUGUUGAAUUUAUGAACUUUGAACUGAUCACCUCUUAAGAGUCUUCUGUAUUGUUAUUACAGAGUCUUUUUUUUCUUUUAGGACAAGAUAGAUGGCUAGAUAGAUGCUACUGUGUACUUUAAACAAGUGUUUUAAGUGUGUUUUGUAUGUCUAGGCAUGUGAUUUGAUUUACCCCUAUGCUCUUUUCUUUAAGUCGGUGCUCAAAAAUUCAACUUUUUUUGAAAUUUUGAAUUGGUUUUCACUUAUUUCAUCUAUAUAUUUGGUGGGUAUUUUUCUUUUGUCUAAAGAUUCUAGCUUUUCUUGUGUUUUAGCUGUUUGUAGGGUUGAAUCAUUUUCUUUUGCUGAUUUUUUCAACUGGGGUUUUGUUAAAUUUGCCUUAUGAUUUUGGGGUUCUGUAUUUGAUUGUUGGGGUUCUGAUGGGCUGUUGAUUAGGGCUUAUUGUUGAGUUCUGUGAGAAAAUGGGAUUAAGUGAUGCUAAAAGUGAGCCUUGGGAGGUGGGCAAAUCUAAGAACAAGGUGAAGAAAGAUGAUGCUGAUGGGGAAGUUACUGGUUGUUGGAUUGCGUUGAGGUCAAUUCGCAGCUGUAUAACAUCAAGAUCUAAAGUUGACAACUCAAUUAGUGGCAUCAGUUUACAUGAAAGCAAAUAUGCUAACAGUAGAAAAGACCAACCAUCUACUGCAAUUUCAUCAACUACAACCAGUACUGCAGAAAGUAGUUCAUCCACUUCCAAACUUGAAGAGGAACUUAAAAUUGCUUCUCGGCUUCGGAAAUUUGCUUUUAAUGAUCUUAAGAUGGCAACGAGGAAUUUUAGGCCUGAUAGUCUUCUUGGUGAAGGGGGAUUUGGUUGUGUAUUCAAGGGGUGGAUUGAAGAGAAUGGGACGGCACCUGUAAAACCAGGCACUGGCCUUACUGUUGCUGUGAAAACUCUCAAUCAUGAUGGGCUUCAGGGUCACAAAGAAUGGCUGGCUGAAGUCAGUUUUCUAGGUGACCUCAUUCAUCCAAACUUGGUUAAGCUGAUUGGUUAUUGUAUAGAAGAUGAUCAGCGGUUGCUGGUUUAUGAAUUUAUGUCUCGAGGGAGCUUGGAGAACCACCUUUUUAGGAGGUCUCUGCCUCUCCCAUGGUCCAUCAGGAUGAAAAUUGCUCUUGGUGCUGCAAAAGGUCUUGCUUUUCUUCACGAGGAAGCUGAAAGGCCAGUGAUAUAUCGUGAUUUCAAGACUUCCAACAUUCUGUUGGAUGCAGAAUACAAUGCCAAGCUUUCUGAUUUUGGUCUUGCAAAAGAUGGUCCAGAGGGUGAUAAAACUCAUGUAUCAACUCGAGUAAUGGGAACUUAUGGUUAUGCUGCCCCGGAAUAUGUCAUGACAGGGCAUCUUACAUCAAAAAGUGAUGUAUACAGCUUUGGUGUGGUUAUGCUCGAAAUACUGAGUGGUAGGAGGUCAAUGGACAAAAAUCGUCCAAAUGGGGAACAUAACCUUGUGGAAUGGGCAAGACCUCAUCUGGGGGAAAGAAGAAAAUUUUAUAAGUUAAUAGAUCCUCGGCUUGAAGGUCAUUUUUCAGUAAAAGGUGCCCAGAAAGCUGCGCAUUUGGCUGCUCGCUGCCUUAGCAGAGACCCAAAAGUAAGGCCUCGUAUGAGUGAGGUAGUUGAAGCACUGAAGCCUUUGCCAAACCUGAAGGACAUGGCAAGCUCAUCUUAUUAUUUUAAGACCAUGCAAGCUGAUCGAGUUGCAUCCAGCCCAAACACAAGAAAUGGAUCAAAUGGCAUUAUACGAUCACAAGCAGGAUCCUUUACAAGACCUGGGCAACAACCGAGGAGCCUCUCGAUGCCGAAAGGUACCCAAGCUUCUCCAUAUCAUCAGUUCCCACAUAAUUCACCAAAACCACAGGGUAAAUCAUAGAUGAUGGUAAUCUGGGCUUUGCUUCAUAAACUCCAAAUGUUACUCUCUCUUUCGGUCCCAGAUUAGAAGUAUAUUUGGCCUUGGAUGCCGGACAAAGGAUUGGAGAAGCUCUCGUAGUUUACACCUUAUAACUUAUGUUGCAAUCUUUGAUCAAGCACUGUCCAUCCAGUGCUGGAGAAGUAAUGUAUUAGGAGCUGACGUUCACUGAAGUAAAUACUUGCACUUAAAACAUAAAGAUAGCAUCUUUUAUAUGUAAAAGAAUCCUGAAGUUAAAUUGUGCUUCAUUGUUGUUUUUUGAAAUUGGGAUGUCUUUUGCAUGUUAAUAUUUUAAUUCUUGGAUGAUUGUUAUAUUUUGAUCUUAUUUUAUUUUUGUUUUAGUUCUAUACCUCAA